AAUGGCGUCAUGCACAUCUUCGAUUUCAUACAUAUAUAACUCAUGUCUGACCUAUAAAAAUAUACACUUAUAAAAAAUCUCACCUUUCAAACUCCCACCCACUUGUGGGAUCGGCUCUUGCUUCCCCUUAAUCAGCUGUCCUCUCUCUCUCUCAGAUUUCCGCCGCCGAUACAGCCAUGGCCGCCGUAGCUUCUUCUGAUAGUAUCAUUUCUGCGUCUCCUCUUACGGAAACUGCUUAUUUGCUCCACAACUUGUCCCUUGAUCCAGAGGCCAAGCCUGAGGCUCCCAAUGCCGGAAAUAAGGACGUUUGUGGCGGAAGCGGUAACGGGUUUUUACUUCCCUCGGAACAAGUUUCUUUGCCAGCAGAAACCACCAAAACUUGCAGGCCGGGUCUUUCGCCAAACAAAGGAUCGAAUCUGAAAAAAUUAGGUUACAAGAACUCGUCUUUUAACCCGAAGGGCACCUACCCGGCAGGUUUAUAUACUCCGCCGUAUCAGUACCCAAGAUAUGGUUAUGGUGGGAGCUUUUCUUGUGGGAAGACCAGCAGUCUUUAUCACUACCCUUACCUGACAAGAUCAAUGGGAAUGGCCCGAUCGUUUGGACACAUGGACAACAUGUACUCAUACCAUGGGAUGUAUGGUCCUUACAUGAAUGGACUAGAGGCUGGCUAUGGUUAUGGCCCUUAUGGCUAUGAGACCUGGAGACAGCCGAAUUCGUAUGCAUAUAACAAUGGCUACCAGACAAGCGGUCAUGGAUUGUAUGGCAAAGAGAACAACGAUGGAUUGAAUGAGUUGAACAAGGGGCCACGAGCUAAGGGUUUCACGAACCAAGAAGGUUCUCUACCGAAAACGCUUGCUUGUUCUAAUGAGCAGAAUAUGUCUGUACCUGACAGAGAGGACUACAACAAGGGAGAUUUUCCUGAAACAUACUUACAUGCAAAGUUUUAUGUAAUAAAAUCGUACAGCGAAGACGAUAUCCACAGAAGUAUCAAAUACAACGUAUGGUCCAGCACGGCUAAUGGCAAUAAGAAGCUGGAUGCGGCAUAUAACGAGGCCAAAGAGAAGUCAGAUGCCUGCCCGGUGUUUCUACUUUUUUCUGUAAACACGAGCGGGCAGUUUGUUGGCUUGGCCGAGAUGGUAGGCCCAGUCGAUUUUAACAAGACUGUGGAAUACUGGCAGCAGGACAGGUGGGUUGGCUGCUUCCCCGUUAAGUGGCAUGUUGUUAAAGAUAUACCGAACAGUGCUUUCAGGCAUAUAACUCUGGAGAACAACGAGAACAAGCCGGUUACUAAUAGCCGGGACACGCAGGAGGUGGAUCUAGAUCACGGUGUCGAGAUCAUCAAGAUUUUCAAGGAUCAUUCGAGCAAGACAUCCAUCUUUGACGAUUUUGAAUUCUAUGAUGCUCGCCAAAAGGUUAUUCAAGAUAGGAAAGCCAAGCACCAGCAGUUCAAGAAACAGGCUUUGUCUUCAACUGACAACAAUGGGAGGAAAGAGACAUCAUCAACAGACGAACUUCCGAAAACUAAAGACACGACCGGUUCAGAGAAGGCGGAGCAAGAAGUCAUGAAUGAAGCCAACAGAAAACGUGAGCAGGCGAAAGAGAAGGAUAUCGCAUCAAGCGAUGUUGCUGGCUCUUGACUGAUUUGAUCGGGUGGUAAUCUGUCGAAUUUGCCCACUUUUUUUUUGGAAUCAAGUCGCGAGCUAGUGCCUUAGUAUAGGAUUUGCCCUCAUCUUCUUCUUCUUCUUCUUCAUCAUCAUCAUCUUCUGGCUUUCGGGUUCUUGUUCUUCAUUUUAUGAUUUUCGGGUUAUUCUUUCUUCUUCUUCGUCUUUAUAUUUUGAUUUUCGGGUUGUUCUUCUUCUUCGAUCAUCUUUUGAUUUUCGGGUUAUCGAGUUAUAAGGAGUAGAAGUGAUAAGAAAGAGAUCUACCAAGGUGUUUUUGUGGUAGCAAAAAUGUUGUAGGGGGCACUUUUGAUUUCAUCUCGUCUUCUAAAUUAUAUAUAUAGAUGAACCGAGACGUGAUGCACCAGUUUUCGGACU